UAUAUUCUAGGCAGCAUAGAAUCAAGACUGUCACACUGCUGGCUGUCGCACACACAGGGCAGAAGAUCCUAUGGGAGUGGCAGUCACAAGAUUUGUGGCAAUGGCUUUAGUCUUCAAAACGGCAAUGCAAUCUGUUGGACUUUUAUCCUCAUUUCUGGGAUGGGUUUUAUCCAUUAUGACAACUUAUCUGCCACACUGGAAGAACCUCAACCUGGACCUAAAUGAGAUGGAAAACUGGACCAUGGGACUCUGGCAAACUUGUGUGAUCCAAGAGGAAGUGGGGAGGCAGUGCAAGGACUUUGAUUCCUUCCUGGCGUUGCCUGCGGAGCUCAGGAUCGCCCGGGUUUGCAUGUUCCUGUCCAACGGGCUGGGCCUCCUGGGUGUGCUGCUGUCGGCCUUGGGCCUGGACUGCCUGCGCAUUGGGGAGACACGGCGCCAUCUUAAGAAGCGACUGCUCCUCCUGGGAGGAGCUCUGCUGUGGACGUCGGGCAUCACGGCCCUGGUCCCGGUGUCGUGGGUGGCCCACGUGACAGUGCGCGAGUUCUGGGAUGAGAGCAUCCCUGAGAUAGUCCCUCGCUGGGAGUUUGGGGAGGCCCUGUUUGUGGGCUGGUUUGCUGGGUUUUCGCUCCUUGUGGGAGGGUGUCUGCUUCACUGUGUGGCCUGCUCAGUGCCAGCUCCUCCAGCCUCGGGCCACUACGCGGUGGCAGAAAUGCAGCCUACUCAGUGUCCACAUCUGGAAGAUGGACCUGCAGAUCCCAAAGUAUAA